AUCAGCUAACGUCAAAAAUUAUUCAAAGCUUUAAGACAUUACACGUAAGUGGAUUUGCCAAAACAAGCUUCGGCCGAUCUUCUAGGGAAGUGAUAAAAUGGCCAACAGAACAAAAGCAUCUGAACAAUUAAGCGCCUAUUCUGCGAAAAAGAAGGAGCGUGAUGUUCUCACCACUGGAACUGGGUGCCCAAUCGACACAAAGACAGCCACCAUGACAGCAGGGCCCAGGGGGCCCAUCCUGUUGCAGGACGCGCAGUUUUUGGAUGAGAUGAGCCACUUUGAUAGAGAAAGGAUCCCAGAGAGAGUGGUACAUGCCAAGGGAGGUGGUGCAUUUGGAUACUUUGAGGUCACACAUGACAUCACCAAAUACUGCAAGGCUGCAGUUUUUGAUAAGAUUGGAAAGAGGACUCCAUUGUUGGCACGCUUCUCAACAGUUGGUGGCGAGUCUGGCAGUGCUGACACAGCUCGUGACCCACGCGGUUUUGCUGUGAAGUUCUACACAGAAGAGGGAAACUGGGAUCUUGUUGGAAACAACACUCCAAUCUUUUUCAUCAGGGACCCAAUCUUUUUCCCCAGUUUUAUUCACACUCAGAAGAGGAAUCCUGUCACUCAUUUGAAAGACCCCGACAUGUUCUGGGAUUUCAUCACCCUGCGUCCUGAGACCACCCAUCAAGUCUGCUUCCUGUUUGCCGAUCGCGGCAUUCCUGAUGGCUACGAGCACAUGAAUGGAUAUGGAAGUCACACUUUCAAAAUGGUGAAUGCAAAAGGGGAGGCUGUCUACUGCAAGUUCCAUCUCAAGACUGAUAUGGGAAUAAAAAAUUUGCCUGCUGAUUCAGCAGAGCGGCUGGCAGGCUCUGACGCAGACUACAGCAACAGGAAGCUUUACAACACAAUUUCCAAUGGGAAAUAUCCCUCUUGGACAAUGUACAUUCAAGUGAUGACGUUUGACCAGGCAGAAAAAUCCUCUUUUAAUCCAUUUGAUCUGACCAAGAUCUGGCCGCAUACCGACUACCCUCUGAUACAAGUUGGAAAAAUGGUGCUUGAUGAGAACCCAAAGAACUAUUUUGCACAGAUAGAGCAGAGUGCUUUCAACCCCGCUUCCAUGGUUCCAGGAAUUGAGGCCUCUCCAGACAAAAUGCUUCAGGGCCGCCUGUUCUCCUACCACGACACUCAUCUCCACCGAUUGGGAACCAACUACUUACAACUGCCUGUGAACUGUCCUUACAAGACAAGGGGUGGAGGUCCCCACCACUACCAAAGGGACGGACCGCAGUGCUAUGACGUCGCAGAGCCGGGUCCUAACUACUAUCCCAACAGCUUCAGUGGACCCAAGGAUGACAUGAAGUAUAAGCCACACACAUGUCAGGUGAGUGGUGAUGCCAAACGCUAUGAGACUGGGGAUGAAGACAACUAUUCUCAGGUCACAACUUUCUGGGAGAAAACCCUGGACAAAGGUGCCAAAGAACGCUUGGUGUGUGCCAUUGCCGGUCAUCUGAAGGACGCCAAGGAUUUCCUCCAGGAAAGAGCUGUGAAAAACUUUUCCCAAGUUCAUGCUGACUUUGGUAACCGCCUGAGAGCGAAAUUGAACGAGUACAGAAACUAACUCACUGCACACGUACUCUGAGAUUGUUGGAGAUGACCACAACAACUAAGGCCAUUUCGAUCAGUGACAUUCAGUAUUCCCAUGACAAGUUUUGAUUCUAGUGAGCAUUCUAAUGGAUAACUAAUAACAUUUAAACCUACGUAAGAGUGAGACAAGAGCACAUGUCUCUUGCUUGUAGUCAGUGACACUCAGUAAUUGCAUUGCAAGUUUUGAGCGUAGAGAAAUUUUUUAAUUAACUAAUUAAUAAAUAGCUAAUGAAUAACAUUUAACAUACGUAAACUUAAAACAAGAGAACAUGUCUCUAGCUUGUAAUCAAAACGUUACAUGGUUACAAAACCCACUUUUUGAAAUUUUCAUUUGGAAACUCAAGAUUAAUAGGACCUUUGACUUAGAUAAGCAGUCAAAUAUCACUUUUUUUCUUGUUGCACGUACUAGGUGGCUGAAGUAUCGUUAUCCAAUAAAGUUGGAUUUUAAUCGA